UGGCAGCCCUCUGUGGAACAGCUGACGGAAUACAUUUCAAAUUGUUUGUCAUUUUGAAAAUAUUAAAUUUAAAGUGAAAUAAUCUUAAGAAAUGGACAAGAUCGAAUCGGUAUCGACACCCAACGUAGACGUUUACCGUCGCCUGCUCGUCAAGGUCAUUUGUCAGCUCCUGCUGGAUAAGGGGGCCAACCAAUGUAGUGCACAGUGCCUGGAGACGCUCACGGAAAUGCUGCAGGCGUUUAUUGUGGAGUUGGGAAACUCGUCGCACAACUACUGCGAGCUCAGUGGGCGCACCAUGGCAACAGUGGGCGAUGUGAGCAUGGCCCUUAUAGGCAUGGGUCAAAAUAUUGGCAGCCUGGAGACUUACCUUCGCCGCGAGCCGCAUGCGCCAGUGCAGAUGCCGCCACAACAGACACAACAGCGCACACUGAGUCUGCUCCAGGCGGGCACCAAGGCAUCGCAUCCACCGUAUGUGCCCAGUUACUUUCCGCCCAUGCCAGAUCCGCAUGCCUACAUACGCACGCCGACGCACAAGCAGCCGGUGACGGAGUACGAGGCGAUCCGGGAGAAGGCCGCCUGCCAGAAGCGGGACAUCGAGAAGGCCCUCACCAAGUUCCUGUGCAAGACAACUGAAACGAACAAUCUCUUUCCCACUGAAGAUAAUAUGUUUCCCUUAAUUGCGUGCAAUCCCUCGCUGCCGCCCUACUAUGCAGCCUUGAAUCCUACGGAUCAGGUCUUCCCCUCACCAGCCAACACUCAGCACCCAAGAGAUAGAAAUAUUCAUUAAAACUUUCCUGUUUUAGAGGACGGCGAUGAAGGAGACAGCGACAACGAAGAUAUCGAGGGCGAUAAAUCAAAGGAGGACAAGCAGGAACUGGAGAUCAAGCCCAAUUCCACCACCAACAAGGCCAUACUUGAGAAUCCCAACAUAGACAAUCCCUACUUGCGGGCCGCCACCCUGCCCAAGCGCACCAAGCUCACGGCCUCACCGGCCACAGUGCCACCGCCCCGCAGUCUGUCCAGAGGACCUUCCACCCUGGCAAUAACCAAAACUGCUUCCUAGGACUUAGACUAAACAAAUUAAAAUGUAGAUAUAAAUCUCUUGAAAUAACUAACUGCAGGUAAUAUUUUCGGCGGUUCAACUCAAAU